AAACAGAGGUGUGCUAGAGAACUAGAAGCUCUUGAUGCGAUGGAAACUGAAUGCUUGGCGUGGCAGUCUGGAACACUCCGAGGUCAACGUCGAGGCUCGUCGCAGCCUCGCAUUCGCGCUUCCAGAGACAGGACAAUUCGCACUCCUUUUCUUGUCCGUGUCAGCCAAAUUCGAGCUCAUCGCUCACCCCUGUCAACACGACAAAGAAGCAACCGCAGAGGAAUGGAAUGGUUUGAUUUAUAGGUGAAG